AUGCCGCCAUGUCCUGGCUUGGGUCGAAAAUCUCUGAUGCAGGACCUCCUCGUUGAAUAUGGUUCGUUGCUGCCUAAGGAUUUCGAAGCAAAGGCCGAACUCAGCUAUAACUACGCUUGGGUUACGGUCAUGGGUAAUUCCAGCUAUAACUACACGAGUUCAUUCAAAUCGGACUCGAUGGAGUGCUGCCGGGGCAUACGGUAUCAGUUGAAGGUCGAACAGGAGAACGCCCCAAACGAGUCCAAGGAGAUCAUGAGCGCGAGUGUAGAGGCGGGGUAUAAAGGGAUUGUGUCGGUGCAGGACAGCGUGACCAGUACAACCGAGAUAUCAAUCUACCUUCGGCCAUGCAGGCCCACCUGUCUUGUGCGAGGGGGCGAUCCAAGCGCCGCGGAAAAGCUCAUGAAGGACCCGGAGAAUCUGGAGAAGUUCGAAGCCUGGGUAAAUAGUCGCACGGAGGGCGCCACGGACGCUCUCAUCAACAUCCGUGUAGAGCAUUACAGAACACUGCUGCAACGCUGCCCGGAUCAGUCCCGUCCUCAUGGCCAACAACUUUCUGCUGCUUGA